UGAAGAUCAUAUUCACGGCAUGCACAGAACACUUCCGGACUCUGUCUCUGUCAACCGAUAGGCCCCUCUGACACAUGGUACAACAGAAGAUCAGAAGUCGUGCAGCUCUCUCCAUUCACAAUCAUUCGCAUCCCGUGCUAGUGUGCAUCUGCGAGCUGUCGCAUAGUCUUAGUCAUGUAGUGUUAGACCAAAAAGAAAAUACAAAUAUCGUAGAAUUAUGGUAAUGCUGUCCGUGUUGAGCCCACCGGAGGCCGGUGGUGGGGGCGCAGAAGCAGAUCCGGGAGUUGCAGCAGCUUCGAGCGUCGCGCCACAGCUUCCUUUUUCGCUACACGACACAGAUGCUGUCGCUGCAGCUGCGGCAACAGGCUCCUUGUCAACAUCUGCUACGACCACGACCCCAAGUGCAGCUCGGCCUCGAGGACACGAGCCGCGCGUGGAUUUCUUUUCCCUGCAAAGAGAUUUUCUUCUCGCUUACGGCGAUAGCGUGGAGAGUCUCAUUCAACACGGCGUUUUUUUCCUUCCGGGCGGGACCACGAGCACGGACGGGGUACGAGAGCAGUUCAUUUACUCCCUCGCCGAGCUGUUUGGCAUCUACAGGCGACUGGUCGUGCAGGAGCACCAGGAGGUGGAAAGGAUCGGCACCAGCAGACCUUUCCCCACGACCCUCUCCUGCACCAGCGAGACCACAGCGAAGGUCGCAGUCUUCUUACUGAAGGCGGUCCGGUGUUUGCAGUUAGUGGUGGAAAUGCGGCACCCGGGCGUGAAAACUUGCUUCGUCCUAGAGCUACUGAAAAUCUUUGCGAAAUUUUACCUGUGGAGGCAGCAGAGACGUUCUUUCAAUGCUUGUCCCAUGCUUAUUGACGAGUCCGUCGAGGCGACUGCCGCGGCUGUGGAAGCCGCAGCACUUAAUACCGGCGCAACGUAUCCACUGCAAAUAUGAUGUCUGCGUCCGGAACUUGUGAUGCUAAUAAAGAUGUGCGAAUGGCAUCACGGGGCCGUGCGUGACAAGUUUCUGAGCGAAUACGUCUUGCAUAAACUGCAUGACAGACCGCAUUUUUGCAUGACACAAAAGACGCAGCAUAUAAUUGAGGCAUCACGCAUUACUCUACAGCUUUAUUUUUCUCUUCUAACUGACAAACUGAAACUCUCCAGACCCAGACAUGUUUGCAAUGUAUACAUCAACCGCACCAACACCAGUAAUCACAGAUGAAGACGGAUACGAGACGGUGUUUCACGAGCACAAGGGCAAGCACUCCGGUAUCGUGCUGCGCGGGCACGUGCGGAAGCAGGUGUUUAGUUAUCCUGGACAUGAUGCGACUGCGAGCGGAAAAAUGGGAGAAACGGACUCACUGAACGAGGACCAAAGCGACGUCGUCAACGACGAGAAUAUUAAAGGAAACAAUUUAGUGGUGCCAGGAAGACUCCUCGUAGCACCAUCAUUCCCACGAACAAGACCGCCCGCCAGAAUCCUGCUCGGCGAGUGGCUUUACCAUCUUCGGCCGUUGCUCGUGUUGUUUCUGCAGCACAGAUAUCCUGUGCAAAAGUAUCUGAUACUCGUAUUGCAAUCAUGCAUUACAAAUCUUUUUCUCAAGGUAAAUCCGCAUUACAAAUUUUAUUUCUCAACACGCUGAGGAAAUUUGUAAUGCAUUUAUAUAUACGAGUAGGAUUCUUUUGCAGUUCAUAACAGAAUGGCGAGGUGGAGCACGACCAGGGUCGUCUCCGUGAAGAACAGAGAUGCUGGUGUUGGCAAUCAACAUAUUGGCGGAAAUCAACAUCAUCAUGCUGGCGCAGCACAACCACACCCCGAUCAUGGGACCGCCUGUUCCAACUCCUGGCCCGCCUGGUGGGCGGCGGUGCUGGUCGACUUGCUUUCCAUUCAACUCCAGUGGCAAAACCAAAACACAACAUCGAACAACACAACAGCGGCACCUUCUUGGGAAGGAAGUGCCGCAGAUCAUCAUGAUCGGCAGGAGUACGGAAAAAAUAAACACACGACGACAUCUUCAUCACAGGAACAUCAAAUAAUCAACCUGCAGCAACUCGAGCUCAAGCGGCGACGGAGUUUGCUCCUCUACGCUUUAAUUCGGUCUCCGUUCUUCGAAAAGUUUUUCCCGGCGGAGAGACUGCAGAAAAUGUGGGAACGGAUCCCAGUGGUGGGGAAACAUUUUAAUUUGGUACAACUGUUGCUACUGUGGCGCCCCUAUUAUUUCUACACGAGUGGAACGUGAAGGUCAAGUUGUGUACGAACAAGAUGAUUUGUGCCAGGGGUAGAAUCGUCGUGAGUACUUAGAAUACUCACGAAGCCCCUCCUGCGCACUUACUUGACGUCAGAAGUCUUAUAGAUGACGCUGCAUUUAUUUUUGCACUUUGCAUGCCCAUGCGCAUUCAAAUUCAAACGACCGUGUGAGAUCAUUUGCCAUCGCAGAAGCGCCUUGCUUUCUUUGCUCUCGUUGUUCCUCUUUACUUGGCCAGGCA